AUCAGAAACUCUACUAUAACACACCAUGGCUUUUAAGGUAAUUGCAUUCGCCACCCUUGUGGCCGUUGCCCUCGCCCGUCCCCAGUACACACCGGCCUAUGGCUAUGGCGCCACGACGCCCGCUUCAGGACCUGCCAAGUACGAUUUCAACUACGCCGUCAACGACCCACCGUCUGGCAACGACUUCGGUCAUCAGGAGGCCCGAGAUGGUCCUAAUACUCAGGGUUCCUACUUCGUCCUCCUUCCUGACGGUCGGCUUCAGAGGGUCACCUACAAUGUGAACGGUGAUUCUGGAUAUUUGGCUGAGGUCACCUACGAGGGAGAGGCAACAUCACGCCCCUAUACACCCGCCCCUCAGUAUGCAUAGACAUAGACAGUUUGUUUUAGUAGCCACAUUGUAUAAUCGAUGUAUAUAUAAUUUAAUAAACUAGCACAUCUA